AGUUGCCGGCGCCGCUCGGCAGCGCGGUGCUGCGGGCGCCGAGAGUCGGGUGCCCGCUGCUGCCGGCCGGGGACCGCGGGGCGAGGCAUGGCCGCACCGGGCUGAGCCGAGCCCGGGGCGGCGAGCACCAUGCCGCCGGCCGCCGAGCGAGGGGAGCCGGGCGGGACGUCCGCCCUGGCAGCGGCCGGCAGCGCCUGAGCCCGCGCUGCACCGCACCGCACGGCUCCGUGCCCUGCGCGUCGCCAUGGACGAGCGCUUCAACAGGUGGCUGCUGCCGCCGCUGCUGACGCUGCUCUUCCUGCUCAUCGUCUACCAGUACGUGUCGCCCGCCUGCCCCGGUGCCGCCUGCCCCCGCCGUCCGCCGGCCUCCGCUGCCCGCCGCGGAGGGGACCCGGCGGACGAGGAGGAGGCGGAGGAGGCGGUGGCGGCGGCGCUGCCGCGGCUGGUGCCCAAGUUCCCGUUCGCGCGCGGGGAGCUGUGCCGCCGGGUGCGCUUCGACAUGCGGGGCCGCGACGUGAUCGUCUUCCUGCACAUCCAGAAGACGGGCGGCACCACCUUCGGGCGGCACCUGGUGCGCAACAUCCGCCUGGAGCAGCCCUGCUACUGCCGCGCCGGGCAGAAGAAGUGCGCCUGCCACCGCCCGGGCGGCGACAAGGACACCUGGCUCUUCUCCCGCUUCUCCACCGGCUGGAGCUGCGGGCUGCACGCCGACUGGACCGAGCUCACCAGCUGCGUGCCCGCCGCCAUGGAGCGCCGGGGCUGCGCCGGCAACCGCACCCUCAGGAACUUCUAUUACAUCACGAUGCUGAGGGAUCCGGUGUCACGAUACUUGAGUGAAUGGAAGCACGUCCAGAGGGGUGCGACAUGGAAAACUUCCCUUCAUAUGUGUGAUGGAAGAAGCCCAACACCAGAUGAGCUGCCUACCUGUUACGAGGGUGAUGACUGGUCUGGAGUCAGUUUAGAGGAGUUCAUGGACUGCAGCUACAACUUAGCCAACAACCGCCAGGUGCGCAUGCUGGCAGAUCUCAGCCUGGUGGGGUGUUACAAUUUGACUUCUAUGAACGAGAGCGAGAGGAAUAUGAUUCUUCUCCAAAGCGCCAAGAACAAUCUGAAAAACAUGGCCUUCUUUGGCCUCACCGAAUUUCAGAGGAAAACACAGUAUCUCUUCGAGAGGACAUUCAACCUGAAGUUCAUUUCCCCUUUCACCCAGUUCAACGUUACGCGGGCCUCCAAUGUGGACAUCGGUGAGGAUGUGCGGCAGCGGAUAGAGGAGCUGAACUUCUUGGACAUGCAGCUGUACGAAUACGCCAAGGACCUGUUCUUGCAGCGCUUCCAGUACUCCAAGCAAGAGGAGCAUCAGAUGAACCGGCUAAAGAGGCGAGAGGAGCGGAGGCUGCUGCGGGAGCAGAGAGCUCACCAGUGGCCAAGGGAAGAUGUGGCAGAAGUUGCCGUUACUGAAGAUUAUAAUAGUCAGGUGGCAAGGUGGUGAUGCUGCUCAAGCUUGACUAGCCCAUAAGAGGAUCAGAGAGGCUGAUAUUUUGUCUGACUUGGCUACCUGAAAAUCAGCCAAGGAAGGCCAACCGCUUUGGUAAAUAAGACAGCAUCUGACAGCUACCCUUCCUUGUCUCAGUUUUUCUUGGUUUCUGUCAGUGAGGAUAACUUUUUUUUUUUUUUUUUCUAACUAGGCAUUAAUAGUGUUAAUAAAUAGCAGUAGAAUAGAUUCCUAUCCAAACAGACUUCCUGCAAAGCCCUAAGCUAUGAGAAUGGGUUGAAGAGAGAGCUAUAUCCAUGACAUUAACAGAUGUAACCUAUACAAUCUGAGCUACCAAACCUUGUGCAGGCAUGAAUCAAAACUGAAAAAAAAAAAAAAAAUCUGUUUUGGUUCCUCUGUGAUGUGAGAGCUGGUUUAUUUAAUAUUGUCCUUUGCAACUGUAGUGUGUAGCUUUCUAGUGGAUGAAAAGGAGGUAAACAUACUGCCCUUCAAACUUCUACACUCUGUGUUUUCGUUAAGGAAAGAAUUUGCUGGGGUGAUUAAAAAAGACCUAGGAAAUGUGGGAUUGGUACAGCGCUUGUUCUUUUCUGUAAGCCCUCGGUCAGAGAUGAUUUGUAAGUGAGGUGGGGGGUUUAACUUAUUUUUCUGCGGACGUUAAGAGUAUCAUACCCAGCCAGGUAGCAGUCGUCUUUCAGAGUGUGUGUGGCAAAGGGAAAGCCAGAGUGCAAAAACUGAGAAAUGAGGUAGGUCCUCAUUGAAGCUGGGCACACAUUGCCAAGAUUACCUGGCUGUCGGCAAUGAAAUAAGCCUUCACAUUCGCAAAAGGUGAAGAGGGGCCCAGCAAACAACAGGGAAGAGGAAAGAGAGAGCAGGAAGAGCUUAAAUAUUAGUGUGACAUUAUCCAGAUUUGCUUUAAAAGCCUGGAGAUAUAUUGUCUGUGAAAAUAGGGAGGUUUAUGAUAUAGUCUGUUAAAGUACAUUGAUUCCAAGUGAAUACAAUUUAAAUUGGUUUUCUCUCUAACUGUGGUAGUGGCUACAACAUAAAAAA